GUUGUGGAUUUAUGCAUGUACCAAUGAGGAUGUCUAUUGUUUCAUAUCUGGUGCUUGUGCUGCUGGAGUGUUGUCGGGAAGCGCAAUCUGUGCAGCUCUCAUAUUCCGUGUUUGAGGAAGUGGAUGUGGGGACUUCUGUGGGAAAUAUCGCUAAGGAUUUAAAUCUCAGCCUUCAGGAAUUGGAAUCUCGCAUGUUUCAGAUUGUCAGCGGCUCGAAAAGAAAAUAUUUCGAGGUAAAUCUAAAAACCGGUGCUCUCUAUGUUAAUGAGAGAGUAGACAGAGAGGAGCUCUGUGCGAAGACCCUAAAAUGCACAGUCAAUGUAGAAGCUGUGAUAAACAAUCCUUUAAAGCUCUAUCGCGUAGAAAUAAAUAUUCUAGAUGUCAACGACAACGACCCGUUAUUCACGGAAAGGUCUCAGAUUAUAGACAUAGCAGAGAAUACUCUGCCUGGGAUGAAAUUCGCUUUGUCUGAGCCUAUUGAUGCAGAUGUGGGGAAGAAUAUGGUUAACGCUUUUAAGCUGACGCCGAAUGAAUAUUUUUCUCUCGCUACUAUCAAAGGCGGAGAAAGCGUCUAUGCCGAACUAGUCUUACAGAAAACGCUGGACAGAGAGAAGCAGCCUGUGAUAAAUCUCACAGUGAUUGCUGCAGAUGGAGGGACUCCAUCCAGAUCUGGCACGUCACUAGUUAUUAUACAUGUUUUAGAUAUAAACGAUAACCCACCAGUGUUUAGUACCCCCUUGUACAAAACUCGUUUAUUCGAGAAUACACCAAUUGGGACAAAUGUGAUUACACUAAAUGCAACAGACGCAGAUCAGGGAACAAACGGUGAGAUAAUGUAUUCUUUGAGAAGUAAAGGGCAGGAUCGUAUAUUAGAGAUUUUUCACAUUGAUCCUGUAAUGGGGGUGAUCACAGUCAAAGCUAAUGUUGAUUAUGAGGAAUAUACAGCGUUUGAGAUCCGCGCAGAAGCUAACGAUAAGGCCCAGCCACCGAUGUCUGCUCACUGUAAGGUGCUGGUUGAGGUAAUAGACGUAAAUGACAACGCUCCGGCGAUAACAGUGACGUCACUCCUCAGCAGCGUAAAGGAGGACGCAGGUGUAGGUACUGCGAUAGCACUUGUAUCCGUACUCGACCGCGAUGGAGGUAAGAAUGGGGAAAUUAAAUGUAAAAUAAAAAAUGAUGUUCCCUUUAAACUAGAAACCAACUACAAAAACUAUUAUUCUUUAGUCGUUGACGGGGCCCUUGACAGAGAAAUUAUCUCCCAAUACAACGUUACAGUUUCAGCGACCGAUGAAGGGAGUCCGCCCUUAAUGAACACAACUGUGAUUACUAUUCGCGUUUCUGAUAUAAACGACAAUUCGCCUAAUUUCUCAGAAUCGGUUGUUAAUGUCUACGUCAAAGAAAACAGUAAAGUUGGGGAGAUUAUUAAAAGGGUAACUGCACAUGAUGCGGACACUGACCGGAAUAGUCAGGUGAGAUAUUCAUUUUUAGAGAGUAACAGUAAAUCAGUGCCGGUCUCUACAAUGAUUAACAUUAACGCAGAGACUGGAGACAUAAUCAGUCUGCAGUCUUUUAACUAUGAGGAGUUAAAAAGUUUUCAGUUUAAAGUUCAGGCCACAGACUCUGGUCUUUCUCCGCUCAGCAGCAACGUCACUGUUAACAUUUUAAUCCUGGAUGAAAAUGAUAAUAAUCCAACAAUUCUCGCUCCUUACUCUGAGCAUGGCUCCGUUAACACUACUCAGCAGUAUGACGUGUGUUUCAGCUCAGACACGCUCAAGAGUGACGUAGUGGUUUUCCCCGCCCCGUUUCCACCUGUAGAUGCGGAACUAAUCAGUAUUAACGGAGGAGACACUUUUACCAGGACUCAGACUUUACCUAACAAAGAGAAGGAGACAGCCUCUGCGUUUCUGUCCGGGUUAGUAAAUCGCCUCGUCUUGAACGAUGGUAUCUACGUGUAG